AUGGCCAACCCUGCAUUCUGUGCUGAAGUAAAGCGAGUUCAGUACAGUCGUGUUGUCAUCACUGAUCUAUCUGCCGAUUCAUGCGGGAUCAGGGUUUUUGACAUACCAGAAUCCCAGACAGCGUAUGCUGUGCGUACGAUCACCAUGAGAAACAACUUCAUCAGGUCUCUACCAGAUCUAAGUGGUCUCCCCCGCCUUCAGCUUCUAGAUCUGCAAAACAACCUCAUCCAAAGAGCUGCCCAUGUUAUACCACACAAGCUCAAAUCUCUAUCACUUGACAACAACUCACCCAGCUCUCUUCCGAAGAUCAGGCUUGGUCAAAGCCUCACAGUGCUCAAGAUAGGUAGAAAUCGCAUCGAGUCACUUGUUGGGUUUGGUGACACUGACGCAUUAGAGAUCCUUGACUUGAGUAGGAACAUGUUUCAUUCGCUGUACAUGGAUAAUGUGACCCUCUUCCAUCGACGUGAUGCCAGCAACGAACCACUUAAUCUCACGUUGGCAAUUGACAGUGAACUAUUCCUACGAUACAACUCCUUUAUUCCCAUUCCAUCAAUUAAAGCGAUGCAUGUUGCGGAACUAGAUCUGUCAUUUAAUAACAUCAACCUUCUGGAGCGAGAUUCUUUCAAGUUGACACCAAGAAUCUCGUAUUUGAAUCUCAAGGGUAAUGCCAUCACAAGCAUACAAAUGCAUGCACUGAGAUUCAACGUGCACCUUGUCUUGGUAAACCUCGAGGACAAUCACCUUCAGGUCAUCGGCCAUGAAGCACUUGUGAAGAUGGGCCACUUUGAUCUCCUGCUCGGUAACAAUGACCUUGUCAAUAUCUCACCCCUGACCCUGCCAGAAGUCUCUCGUUCCAUCUCUUUCGAUCCCAAUCCUUGGCGCUGUGACUGUUCCCUGCGUCCAUUGUACAGAUGGUACAUGCGUUCCAACGAAAACACGUUGACCUGUUGGACACCAAUACAUCUUCGAGGAAGGACCCUUGCCACACUGACGGAUGAGGAGCUAUGUCCGCUGAUCAGGAACGUCAGCAACGAAAAUGAUAUUUCUGGUGAAGAAGCGCCAGAUAUUCUAAGCAAUGGGGCAAAGAAACUAGAGUUAAAGAAAGACAGUCGUGUUGUCAUCACGGAUCUAUCUGCCGAUUCAUGCGGGAUCAGGGUUUUUGACAUACCAGAAUCCCAGACAGCGUAUGCUGUGCGUACGAUCACCAUGAGAAACAACUUCAUCAGGUCUCUACCAGAUCUAAGUGGUCUCCCCCGCCUUGAGCUUCUAGAUCUGCAAAACAACCUCAUCCAAAGAGCUGCCCAUGUUAUACCACAAAAGCUCAAAUCUCUGUCACUUGACAACAACCCACCCAGCUCUCUUCCGAAGAUCAGGCUUGGCAAAAGCCUCACAGUGCUCAAGAUAGGUAAGAACAUGUUUCAUUCGCUGUACAUGGAUAAUGUGACCCUCUUCCAUCGACGUGGUGCCAGCAACGAACCACUUAAUCUCACGUUGGCAAUUGACAGGGAACUAUUCCUACGAUACAACUCCUUUAUCACCAUUCCAUCAAUUAAAGCGAUGCAUGUUGCAGAACUAGAUCUGUCAUUUAAUAACAUCAACCUUCUGGAGCGGGAUUCUUUCAAGUUGACACCAAGAAUCUCGUAUUUGAAUCUCAAGGGUAAUGCCAUAACAAGCAUACAAAUGCAUGCACUGAGAUUCAACGUGCACCUUGUCUUGGUAAACCUCGAGAACAAUCACCUUCAGGUCAUCGGCCAUGAAGCACUUGUGAAGAUGGGCCACUUUGAUCUCCUGCUCGGUAACAAUGACCUUGUCAAUAUCUCACCCCUGACCCUGCCAGUAGUCUCUCGUUCCAUCUCUUUCGAUCCCAAUCCUUGGCGCUGUGACUGUUCCCUGCGUCCAUUGUACAGAUGGUACAUGCGUUCCAACGAAAACACGUUGACCUGUUGGACACCAAUACAUCUUCGAGGAAGGACCCUUGCCACACUGACGGAUGAGGAGCUAUGUCCGCUGAUCAGGAACGUCAGCAACGAAGAUGAUAUUUCUGACAGUCGUGUUGUCAUCACGGAUCUAUCUGCCGAUUCAUGCGGGAUCAGGGUUUUUGACAUACCAGAAUCCCAGACAGCGUAUACUGUGCGUACGAUCACCAUGAGAAACAACUUCAUCAGGUCUCUACCAGAUCUAAGUGGUCUCCCCCGCCUUGAGCUUCUAGAUCUGCAAAACAACCUCAUCCAAAGAGCUGCCCAUGUUAUACCACAAAAGCUCAAAUCUCUGUCACUUGACAACAACCCACCCAGCUCUCUUCCGAAGAUCAGGCUUGGCAAAAGCCUCACAGUGCUCAAGAUAGGUAGAAAUCGCAUUGAGUCACUUGUUGGGUUUGGUGACACUGACGCAUUAGAGAUCCUUGACUUGAGUUGUGAUCAGCUCACGACCCUCUCCUUGUCUGAUAAUCCUAUCAGUGUAGUUGAGAUGAGCGUAUUCCUGAAUCUCCCUCAACUUGUAUCACUGGCAAUAUCGCACACACUGAUUCAUUACAUGCCCUUUGAACAAUUGCUCUCCCAAAGUAGGAACAUGUUUCAUUCGCUGUACAUGGAUAAUGUGACCCUCUUCCAUCGACGUGAUGCCAGCAACGAACCACUUAAUCUCACGUUGGCAAUUGACAGGGAACUAUUCCUACGAUACAACUCCUUUAUCACCAUUCCAUUAAUUAAAGCGAUGCAUGUUGCGGAACUAGAUCUGUCAUUUAAUAACAUCAACCUACUGGAGCGAGAUUCUUUCAAGUUGACACCAAGAAUCUCGUAUUUAAAUCUCAAGGGUAAUGCCAUUACAAGCAUACAAAUGCAUGCACUGAGAUUCAACGUGCACCUUGUCUUGGUAAACCUCGAGGACAAUCACCUUCAGGUCAUCGGCCAUGAAGCACUUGUGAAGAUGGGCCACUUUGAACUCCUGCUCGGUAACAAUGACCUUGUCAAUAUCUCACCCCUGACCCUGCCAGAAGUCUCUCGUUCCAUCUCUUUCGAUCCCAAUCCUUGGCGCUGUGACUGUUCCCUGCGUCCAUUGUACAGAUGGUACAUGCGAUCCAACGAAAACACGUUGACCUGUUGGACACCAAUACAUCUUCGAGGAAGGACCCUUGCCACACUGACGGAUGAGGAGCUAUGUCCGCUGAUCAGGAACGUCAGCAACGAAAAUGAUAUUUCUGGUGAAGUAGCGCCAGAUAUUGUAAGCAAUGGGGUAAAGAAACUAGAGUUAAAGAAAAGUAUUCAAAUCCUUGCAGGGGUGCUGUUUAUUUCGAGAUUCCCUGGGCCGCGAUUCGUGCAAGGUUGA